CUGGACUCUCCUGAACCCAGCAGUGUGUCCAUGAAGAGUGACCGGUCUAUGUUUAGACCUAUUGAGUUCAGAGAUGGACCCUACUCAGCUAAGCAAAGGAUCCAUAAGCAGAGACUGGACUAUCCUGAACCCAGCUGUGUGUCCAUGAAGAGUGACCGGUCUAUGUUUAGACCUAUUGAGUUCAGAGAUGGACCCUACUCAGCUAAGCAAAGACUUGAUCCAGAGACCUCAGAGAUCUUGAGUGGUCAGCGUUCACAACAGCAGGACUCUAUAUUUAUGCUGUUGGAGGAGAACAUUGUCAGUUUUGUGAAGAACGAGCUGAAGAAGAUCCAGAGAGUCCUGAGUCCAGAUUUCCCAGAAUGCUUAGACAGUCAGAGGGAGGAUGAGGAGGUGUUGGACGGUGAGGAUGAAGAGGAUGAAGAGCAGAGGAGGAGCAGCAGAGAGGCAUUUCUGAAGAUCACCCUGAUCUUCCUCAGGAGAAUGAAGGAGGAAGAGCUGGCUGACUGUCUGCAUAACAGAACUGUUGCUCCAGUGUGCCGUCGCAACCUUCAGUCUAACCACCAGAAGAAGUUCCGGUGUGUGUUUGAGGGAAUCUCUAAAGCAGGAAACCCAACCCUUCUGAAUCAGAUCUACACAGAGCUCUACAUCACAGAGGGAGGGACUGCAGAGGUCAAUGAUGAACAUGAGGUCAGACAGAUUGAAACAGCAUCCAGGAAACCAGACAGACCAGAAACAACAAUCAGACAAGAAGACAUCUUUAAAGCCUCACCUGGAAGAGAUGAACCAAUCAGAACAGUGCUGACAAAGGGAGUGGCUGGCAUUGGGAAAACAGUCUUAACACAGAAGUUCACUCUGGACUGGGCUGAAGACAAAACCAACCAGGACAUCCACUUCACAUUUCCAUUCACUUUCAGAGAGCUGAAUGUGCUGAAAGAGAAAAAGUUCAGCUUGGUGGAACUUGUUCAUCACUUCUUUCCUGAUAUCAAAGAAGCAGGAAUCUGCAGGUUUGGAGAGUUCCACGUUGUGUUCAUCUUUGACGGUCUGGAUGAGUGUCGACUUCCUCUGGACUUCCACAACACUGAAGUCCUGACUGAUGUCACAGAGUCCACCUCAGUGGAUGUGCUGCUGACAAACCUCAUCAGGGGGAAACUGCUUCCCUCUGCUCGCCUCUGGAUAACCACACGACCUGCAGCAGCCAAUCAGAUCCCUGCUGACUGUGUUGACAUGGUGACAGAGGUCAGAGGGUUCACUGACCCACAGAAGGAGGAGUACUUCAGGAGGAGAUUCAGAAAUAAGAAGCAGGCCGGCAGAAUCAUCUCCCACAUGAAGACAUCACGAAGCCUCCACAUCAUGUGCCACAUCCCAGUCUUCUGCUGGAUCUCUGCUACAGUUCUGGAUCUGUUGGAAACCAGAGAAGGAGGAGAGCUGCCCAAGACCCUGACUGAGAUGUACAUCCACUUCCUGGUGGUUCAGUCCAAAGUGAAGAAGAUCAAGUACGAUGGAGGAGCUGAGACAGAUCCACACUGGAGUCCAAAGAGCAGGAAGAUGAUUGAGUCUCUGGGAAAACUGGCUUUUGAUCAGCUGCAGAAAGGAAACCUGAUUUUCUAUGAUUCAGACCUGACAGAUUGUGCCAUCGAUAUCAAAGCAGCCUCAGUGUACUCAGGAGUGUUCACACAGGUCUUUAGAGAGGAGAGAGGACUGUACCAGAACAGGGUGUUCUGCUUCGUCCAUCUGAGUGUUCAGGAGUUUCUGGCUGCUCUUCAUGUCCAUCUGACCUUCAUCAAGUCUGGAGUCAAUCUGAUGGCAGAAGAACAAACAACUGCCCGACAGCCAAAAUUCUUCAGAGAGAAACCUAAACUAAAACAUCUCUACCAGAGUGCUGUGGACAAGGCCUUGCAGAGUCCAAAUGGACACCUGGACUUGUUCCUCCGCUUCCUCCUGGGUCUUUCUCUGGAGACCAAUCAAAGACUCCUACGAGGCCUGCUGACACAGACAGGAAGUAGCUCACAGACUAAUCAGAAAACAGUCCAGUACAUCAAGAAGAAGAUCAGUGAAGAUCUGUCUGCAGAGAGAAGCAUCAACCUGUUCCACUGUCUGAAUGAACUGAAUGAUCGUUCUCUAGUGGAGGAAAUCCAACAGUCCCUGAGAUCAGGAAAUCUCUCCACAGAUAAACUGUCUCCUGCUCAGUGGUCAGCUCUGGUCUUCAUCUUACUGUCAUCAGAAACAGAUCUGGACUUGUUUGACCUGAAGAAAUACUCUGCCUCAGAGGAGGCUCUUCUGAAGCUGCUGCCAGUGGUCAAAGCCUCCAACAAAGCUCUGUUGAGUGGCUGUAACCUCUCAGAGAAAAGCUGUGAAGCUCUGUCCUCAGUCCUCAGCUCCCGGUCCUCUAGUCUGAGAGACCUGGACCUGAGUAACAAUGACCUGGAGGAUUCAGGAGUGGAGCAGCUGUCUGUUGGACUGAAGAGUCCAAACUGUACACUGGAAACUCUCAGUCUAUCAGGCUGUCUGAUCUCAGAGGAAGGCUGUUCUUCUCUGGCCUCAGCUCUGAGCUCCAACCCCUCCCAUCUGAAAGAACUGGACCUGAGCUACAAUCAUCCAGGAGACUCAGGAAUGAACCAGCUGUCUGCUCUACGAGAGGAUCCACAUUACAGACUGGAGACUCUCAGGGUGGACCAUGGUGGAGAGAGGUGGUUAACACCUGGUCUGAGGAAGUAUUUCUGUCAACUCACACUGGACACAAACACAGUAAACAGAAGACUCAAACUGUCUGAGAACAACAAGAAGGUGACACAUGCUGGAGAGUAUCAGUCAUAUCCUGAUCAUCCAGAGAGAUUUGACUACUGGGAACAGCUGCUGUGUAGAGAUGGUCUGACUGGUCGCUGUUACUGGGAGGUCGAGUGGAGAGGAGAGGUAACUGUAGCAGUGAGUUACAGAGGAAUCAGCAGGAAAGGAUACAGUAAGGACUGUUGGUUUGGAUGGAAUGAUCAGUCCUGGAGUCUGAGGUGCUCUGAUGAUGGUUACUCUGUCAGGCACAAUAACAUUAGAACAGUCCUCUCCUCCUCCUCCUCCUCCUCCUCCUCCUCCUCUGGUAGAGUAGCAGUGUAUGUGGACUGUCCUGCUGGCUCUCUGUCCUUCUACAGAGUCUCCUCUGACUCUCUGAUCCACCUCCACACCGUCAACACCACAUUCACUGAACCUCUUUAUCCUGGGUUUGGGUUCUCGUCCCCUGGUUCCUCAGUGUCUCUGUGUCGUCUGUAAGACAGAGACGACUUCCUGUCCUGUGGUUUAAAUGUUGGACAUGGCUUCACUGUGGCUCAUAUAUAAUUCACUGAUUGUUCCUUUAAUAUCAGACAUUUUAUUGUCCAGGAAAAUGUUGAAACGAUCUCCUGAAUUUGUUGUGUAGAAACUGUGUUGAACAUUUGUUUUUAUGAAUCUUUUUCAGUUUUUAAGACACUGAAUGUUAAAACUGUGUGUUUGAGAUGUCUGACCUGCUGGUGAACUCUUGUGAAGAAACUGAGGCAAAACUUUGAGUUGGACAUGUCAUUUUUAGAUACAGGAGUUUGGGUCUGUUUUGCACCAAAUUAAUGUAUAUUGCCUCAUUUAAAACAUGCAAAUCAAAUCAUCAAUAAAGAAA